GUCUGCAACAAGGAGGUCUGAUCAUAUAUUUUGUCAUAUGUCCAAAUAGAGUGUGCAGCUGCACCAUAUACUAUACUCCUGCACUCUCUUCACAUUACAUUCUUACGCAGGUCUCUGCAUAUAGUCAAAUACAUGAUUAUAACAGUAGAAUGUAAAGGUACUCGAUGGCGCCGCACAUGGCUGCUUCAGUGCUUGGCUCUCCACUGUUUGUGCUUUUUUUGUUCAUUUUUCCUGUUUUUUGUUUAACAAACAUGAUCAGUUUCACCAGGGAUGAACUGCUGAACAUUCGGCAGGACACACCACAAGAUCUUUUACCAGAUUUAUAUUAUUCAGACGUUUUACUGAACGUUGUUAUCGGAGGAGCGGCGGCGCUGAUCAAGCGCUUCAGGACGCGCAGACGGGGGAAGCGAGCGGGGGCGCUCGUCAGACUCAGGAAGCGCGGAUUUCGAACGCCGUUGUCUAGCAUCCAUCUCGCAAAUCUCUGCUCUCUACCCAACAAAACAGAGAAACUCCUUCUGCUCUCUCGGACAAAUAAGGAUUUCUCUCACUCUGCUGCUCUGUGUUUCAUGGAAACCUGGCUGAAUGACGCCAUACCGGACAGCGCGCUCCAUCUGCCGGGCUUUCAGCUGUUCAGAGCGGAUCGCGAAUCAGAGUCUACUCGGAAAUCGCGCGGUGGCGGGACAUGCUUUUACAUCAAUGAACGGUGGUGUAGAGAUGUAACUGUGUUAAAGAAGAUGUGCUGUCCUGAUCUAGAAAUGCAGUUUGUCAACUGCAAGCCAUUCUAUUCGCCGCGGGAGUUUCACUCAUUCAUUCUGGUCAGUGUUUACAUCCCUCCGCAAGCGCAUGUGAGCUCAGCUUUACAGAAACUUGCUGAUCAGAUCACAGACACAGAACAACAACACCCGGACUCUGUUUUAAUCAUUCUUGGGGACUUUAACAAAGCCAAUCUCUCCCGUGAACUGCCAAAAUACAGACAGCAUGUUACAUGUCCCACCAGAGACAGUAAUAUAUUGGAUCACUGUUACACCACAAUAAAGGAUGCAUAUCACUCUGUUCCACGAGCAGCUUUGGGACAUUCUGAUCACUGUCUGAUUCAUCUUAUACCAUCCUACAAGCAAAAACUAAAAUCUGCUCAACCUGUAGUAUCAAUCACCUUUAUUUAUAUAGUGCUUUAAACAAAAUACAUUGCGUCAAAGCACUGAACAACAUUCAAUUGGAAAACAGUGUCUCAAUAAUGCAAAAUGAUAGUUAAAGGCAGUUCAUCAUUGAAUUCAGUGAUGUCAUCUCUGUUCAGUUUAAAUAGUGUCUGUGCAUUUAUUUGCAAUCAAAUCAAUGAUAUCGCUGUAGAUGAAGUGACCCCAACUAAGCAAUCCAGAGGCGACAGCGGCAAGGAACCGAAACUCCAUCGGUGACAGAAUGGAGAAAAAAACCUUGGGAGAAACCAGGCUCAGUUGGGGGUCAGUUCUCCUCUGACCAGACGAAACCAGUAGUUCAAUUCCAGACUGCAGCAAAGUCAGAUUGUGCAGAAGAAUCAUCUGUUUCCUGUGGUCUUGUCCUGGUGGUCAGCUGAGAAAAGGUUUUACAGGGGAUCUGUAUCUGGGGCUCUAGUUGUCCUGGUCUUCGCUGUCUUUCAGGGAUGUAGAGGUCCUUUCUAGGUGCUGAUCCACCAUUUGGUCUGGAUACAUACUGGAUCCGGGCGACUGCAGUGACCCUCUGAUCUGGAUACAGACUGGAUCUGGUGGCUACGGUGACCUCGGAACAAGAGAGAAACAGACUAAUAUUAGCGUAGAUUCCAUUCUUCUAAUGAUGUAGAAAGUACGGUGUUAUGUGAAGUGUUCCCGGUUCCGGUUUACCUAAUUAAUGCAGCCUAAAAAUCCUUUAACGGAUUUAGAUAUUAAAAGCAUAUUAGUAUGUUAUGUGUGAGCCAGGUUAAAGAGAUGGGUCUUUAAUCUAGAUUUAAACUGCAAGAGUGUGUCUGCCUCCCGAACAAUGUUAGGUAGGUUAUUCCAGAGUUUAGGCGCCAAAUAGGAAAAGGAUCUGCCGCCCGCAGUUGAUUUUGAUAUUCUAGGUAUUAUCAAAUUGCCUGAGUUUUGAGAACGAAGCGGACGUAGAGGAGUAUAAUGUAAAAGGAGCUCAUUCAAAUACUGAGGUGCAAAACCAUUCAGGGCUUUAUAAUUAAUAAGCAAUAUUUUAAAAUCUAUACGAUGUUUGAUAG